AUGGCUACACCCAAGUCUCGUCGCAAGACUGCGGAUGUUGAUCUCCGGAACCUCUUUGACGGUUUCGAGAAUGGCGGAGUCUUCGACAGUGUGGGGGCGUCCCGACCGGGGGUUGUCUCCAAAGUCCGUGCUUCCGCUUGCGAAGCGAGCGAACCAGUGCUUGACAGUCCUGAUGGUAGUGGUGCCCGUUGCUCCAAUGCCGCCACGCCAUUCAUAGAAGAUGAUAGCUCGAAGUUGAUCUUGCGUAAUUGA